UGCCCACCCAGUCGCCUCGGCCUGGGGGGCGGGCGGUGACAGGAAGGGAGGUGCUGGGCACCGGCCGUGAAGAGCCACCCUUCCUCUCGACGCCGCGUCCGCCCGGGCCUCGCCGGCCAUGCGCCCCACCGAGCCCUGGAGCCCCAGCGCGGGGACGGCGCCCUGGGACUACUCAGGGUCGGGCGCCCCGGAGGAGCUGGAGCUGGAGCCGGGGCCGUGCGCGGCCCGGGACCUGCCCUACGGCUACGCCUACAUCCCCGCGCUCUACCUGGCGGCCUUCGCCGUGGGCCUGCCGGGCAACGCCUUCGUGCUGUGGCUGCUGGUCGGGCGGAGCGGCCCGCGGCGGCUCGUGGACACCUUCGUGCAGCACCUGGCGGCCGCCGACCUGGGCUUCGUGCUCUCGCUGCCGCUGUGGGCCGCGGCGGCGGCGCGCGGCGGCCUCUGGCCCUUCGGCGAGGGCCUGUGCAAGCUCAGCAGCUUCGCCAUGGCCGGCACGCGCUGCGCGGGCGCGCUGCUGCUCGCCGGCCUCAGCGUGGACCGCUACCUGGCCGUGGGCCGCCCGCUGGCCGCGCGCGCCCGCCGCACCCGGCGCUGCGCUCUGGCCGCGUGCGGGGCCGUGUGGGCCACGGCGCUGGCGGCCGGCCUGCCCUCGCUGGCCUUCCGCCGCCUGCGGCCGCUCCCCGGGGGCCGCGGCAGCCAGUGCGCCGAGGAGCCGUCCGACGCCUUCCAGGGCCUGGGCCUGCUGUCGCUGCUGCUGACCCUGGCGCUGCCCCUGGCCGUCACCGUCGUCUGCUACUGCCUCGUGUCGCGCCGCCUGCGCGGGCCGGCGCUCCUGGGCCGCGCCCGGGGCCGCUCGCUGCGCAUCAUCGUCGCCGUCGAGGGCGCCUUCGUGGGCUCCUGGCUGCCCUUCUGCGCGCUGCGCGCCGUCUUCCACCUGGCGAGCCUGCGCGCGCUGCCGCUGCCCUGCGGCCUGCUGCUGGCGCUGCGCUGGGGCCUCUCCGUCGCCACCUGCCUGGCCUUCGUCAGCAGCUGCGCCAACCCGCUCAUCUACCUGCUGCUCGACCGCUCGUUCCGCGCGCAGCUGCGGCGGCGCGGGGCCUGCUGGCGCGCGGCGCGCGCGGCGCGCGGGGGCAGCUCGGCGUCCUCGCUCUCCCAGGACUACGGCUCCCCGUUCCGGAGCCCGGGCCGCGGUGCGGGCCGAGCGCAGACGACGAACGCCUCCUCGGCCGUGCGCCCGUAGCUGGCCGGCCCGGAGGAGCGCGCGGCCGCGGCGCGCGGAGAGGGGCGGGAGGCAGAGCGAGGUGGGCCGCCCCCAACCCCCUACCUGCCUUCCCGAGCGAGCGCGGAGAGCGGCUCCGCCGGCACCGCCGGCACCGCCGGCACCGCCUAGACCCUCCGGGGCUCCUUCACCAGCUUUCCCAGAACCUCCGCGUUUUCAACUCCCCCCACGCCAGGCCGCUGAGACCAGCCCUUCUCCCGCUCGGCCCCGUGGGCACCUGGGCUCUUUGUCUCCAGCCCAAGAAAGGUCCUGCGAGAUGGAGCCGACAGCAGCCCGGACACCGCAGCGUCCGCCAAGUAGGGGAAAGGGACGUGGGCCUCCCUUCUCUGCCCCGUGGGUAGACGCCCUGGCCGGAGCCCCCCGCAAAGGCCACUCUUGUCUUGGGCUCUGUUACCUUUGUUCCCUACAAUCGCCAUUGCCUUCUGAGAGAUACCUCCUCCAAGCCAGACCCUCUGGCCCCUCCCUCACUUCCCAAAAAUCCCGCAGACUAUGAAACCGACAGCCCUUUCUACUCAGCCGUCCUGGUGGCAGAGUUUGCUGAAUCAUUAGUCACCAUCAGUUCAGAGCUUCGUUUUCAAAGCUCGCCAAAGCGUGGGAACCAGCCCUGCUGUGGCUCAGCCAGCCCUUCCUCCUGACAGUUUCCCGAGAAGCCCGGGCCUGCCCCAGGUCUGCAUCUCCUCCCCGCUCCCAACAAGCUGCAGGACUCACCCUGGACGUUGUCCUAGACAGAGGGUUCCGGCAUCUCUCAUCAGGGGUUUGGAUUCUCUGUCCCCGAGCGCGGACACCAGGCCCUUCGGUUUCCAGUUAAGCGCCAUCGGCGUCUCUCUUCUCAACCGACAGGAAGCCGCCCGGGUUCUCGCUGUUUCUGUUGUCUCUCCCUUGAGCGUGCGAGCUCCGUAAGCCGAGGGAGUGUGUCUGUUUGGUUUGAGGCUGUGUCCCCGGUGCCUGGUGGGGAAGGGGACGCGCGUGAACCCCCCGUGGAGGGACUGGUCAUCGGGACCCCGUCGUCAUCCGAAAUGGAAAGAAAGAACGCGAAGGGGCACCGUGUUGUCACCCAGGCCCCUGGGUGAGUGAUCUGGGGAGUUCAUGAGGAUGGCAUAGCGGGUGAAGCCGCGCUUGGUGAGAUGACUCAGCCCCGGCGUCACGCUGGACGUGAGUGUUUGCUGCCUGUGCCACUGCGUGUCUCAUGAGAGUGGGCGCUGUGUGCGAUCCCUGUGUGUACGUGCGUCACGGGCCUGCAGAGCUGGAGGCCCGUUUUGGUCGUUCCAAGAGGAGGACGGGGAGGACCAGACCGAGGAAGUCACCUGCUGAAGGUACUGGAAGCAUUUUUCUUGGCCACCACGUAGAGGACACAGUGGUCCUUUUGAAGGCUCCGUCCGAGGCCAGGCUGCGUGCAACUAGCGGGGCCUCCGCUGUCAGACAGUUGAGGUGCCAGCACCCCUGCUCUGGUCGGUGUGUGCGGUGGUCACCUCCUCCUCCUCCUGGGUCAGGGCUGGUUUGAACGAGGCUCGCCAACCCCCUGCCGCCCGGCCCUCCUCGGGGCUCCCCGCCCUCGGGCCCCGUGUGACCCAUCGCCCCCGCCUCGCCUUCUCCAGGGGCGGCAGCCUGGGGAACAAAGCACUCCGAAAAGCAGCACUGACAACGACGUCCGUCGUAACCAAGUGUUUGUCAGAAUUACCAUGAUUAUGUCAGACCCUAGGUGCAGACUGUGAAACACACCAGCAGCUCUCAGCUGCCUCCUCCCUGUCUGUUAUUCACCUCAAAAUCCUCAUCCUAAGCUGGGAAUCACGCUUCUUACCACAGAGGGAAUGUGCAAGGGUUAGAUGUGCUGAUAUGUGAGGUGCUUGGGACUAUCUGACACAUAUUGAAAAAGCGUUGUACGUCUGCUGUAAUUAUUGGGAGUAAAAAACCCAAGAAAGACAUUCAGUAAAUGGAAUCGAGUCAUGGCAUCGUUUUGGAGUUCCCUUCUCAAAAUCACUGAUUCAGCUCGUUUUCAUUUUGAGUUUACUAUGUGCCGGCCAGCAUGCAAGACCACAGGACCACAGAAGCUAAGAAGACUCCCAGCUCGCCUCCAGGUCACGCCUGCUAACUUGAGUCCCCAUCCGCGACGCAAAACA